AUGCUUAAAAUUAGAAUUUUAACCGCUGACACACCAGCAAACUCAUUUAUUUUAAAUGUCAAAGGGCAUAGUGGGUAUUAUAGCUGCACUAAAUGUUGUAUUGAAGGAGAAUAUCAUAAUAAAGGAGUAUGUUUUCCUCCAAUAGUUGCUAAACUUCGAAAUGAUAAUGACUUUCGAAAUUAUUCUGAUGAAGAAUAUCAUUUAGGUGAAUGCCCUAUAAUUGACAUUACAAAUUUUGAUCUAGUAGCACAAGUUCCAUUAGAUUAUAUGCAUCUCGUAUGCUUAGGUGUAGUAAAAAAACUAUUUAAACUAUGGACAACUGAUCGUUUGAGUGUUAGACUUCUGGUUAGAAAAUUAUGUCUUAUUUCUGAUGACUGA